UUCCAGCGGCAGGAUUCUUGAACAGGUGGUAUGGGCACAGCGCAGCAGGUACACCCAAUCACGUGACCUGCAAUGUAAAUCAGACCUGAGUCUCCGUUAUACAGAACCAACAGUACAAUGGCAACGUUGUUUGGAACGGAUAUCUAUGUCAAAGGUCGUCUCAGCCUGUUUGUAUCGUUUGUAAUUCAGUCCAAGCGGGAUCCGAAUAACGGACCGAAUCAGCUGUGACGCUACACACGCUUCAAGUCUCGGUGAUCAGACGCCAAAGGGCCACCAGACGUCCUUCAAAUGCAAUCCACGCCUGGCGCAAGACUUUACUAGCACCGACUGUGAAAUGGUGACGCUUCAUCGUUUCGUCCCUCUGCAGGACGACUACAACACUCACCUCUUUACUUUCCUCGUCAGUUCGCCUUACGAUAUCAAGGACGAGAACUCGCGAGAGUUCGCGUACGCUAGCCAUAAAUGGUGCCUCCAUUUGGAAAGAAAGGACUAUGACAGGACUUUGGGCGCCUUUCUUUGCCUCCAGCGCACAAGAAAGAGGGUUGUUUGUAAGGUAGAUUACGCGCUAACAGUACUGCAUACUGAGGACGCUGCCAGGAACGUCUCUUUUCAAAGGAAGCAGUGUGAAUUCAUCCACGGCAACUCCUCACAGGGACAAAGGAGUCUCCUUCUGGAAGAAGAAAUAAGACAGGGUUAUGUGGAUUCUGACGGAAAUUUGACCGUUGAAUUGAGAAUAGGAAACUGCAGCACAACCUUUGGUGCAAUUCUGGACAUUUUGCCCAGGGGGCGCGCUGAUUUUCCCAGGUAUGACUCUUCUUAUUUCGAAUAUGGAGGCUUUGACUGGAACAUUUCUGUUCAUCCUAACGGAGAACACAUGGAAAACACCGACCAGAGCUACGUGCGCCUAAACAGACUGACUCAUUUUGACCACUUCUGCAGGCUCAGAUAUCGUUUGAUUGCCAGGUUCGCAGACGAGAAAAUUGACACUGGCGCGAAAGAGGAACUCUUCGAUUUUGGCGGGAAAGGAAAUGACCACCAGAUCGACCAAUCGCUCAGCAGGUUGACUAGAAGAGUUCGCUUGUUCCUACAUGUAGAACUGUUUUCGGCCGCACAUGUAAGCCAAGUCAAGGUUUACGCCACGGACUCCAUCAAAAAUCGUGCCUUUCUCCGUGAUACCGAAAAACAGUGUUGGUGCAUUGAGAGUGACGUCACCAACACUAAACUCGUCAAACUUCGGCUCAGAUACACGGACAUUUUCCAGAUGCCGCCCGACUAUUCACGCUAUGUUGCUUGGACCGCAAGAAUCGUUGGGCCCGCGGGAGAUUACCUGUGCAAAGGUGGGCCAUUCUCGGCGCUCUACGUCAGGUGUGAAAAGGACCCUUGGCACGAGAUGACCACGACGUUGCCAGCGGUGGAGCUAACGCGGAAGUCCAGCGGUUUGCUGGAUGUGUACGGGCGGCUGACGGUACAGGUGGACCUGCUGACGUCACACAUGACGUACCGGCCCACAUACGGCACUACUGACGCAGUCGUGUGGAGACAGUGUCAACAACUCAGGGAACAAGUUCAGAGUCAGGACCAGCUUUCCAGUGGGUCAUCUCCUGCAACACGACUGUCCGGAGACGGGUCCACUGGUCACAGACAUCCCCACUACUGGGCCAUGUUAUCUAGUCAACCCAAGUGGUAGACCCGCUUGUGUAUCUAACUACGUAACUUUUGAGGUUGUUCUGUCAUCUGAUUGGGUUUUGAUAUGAAUCGUGGUUAUGAUGACUGACUAAACGAUCCAUGUGUUUUGAUAAAUGCGCAACAUGCGUAUCAUUCCUGCAGCAAUGUGUAUUAUUACAAGAUAGCACUGAAGGUACGAGGUCGUGGAACUGUACACAAUCAUCACAGUGACUAUA